GCUCAAAAUAAGCGAGGGCCGUGGGGGAAGCAGACCACCUGCCCGUCGCAAACUUGACUCCCAGCAGCUGGGUGCGCCUCCAGAUCGGCGGGGGCGGGUGGGGUGCUGGGCUCCUGGGAAGUGGAGCAGCAGCGGGGCCUCUCCCUGGGACACCCCCAUCAGGCUGUGACCUUCAGGCGACCUUCCACGUGGCCCGGGCCCACGUGAUGCCCAGGGGUGAGCUGUCCUGAGCCGCUGUGGUCCAGCCGCCUGCCUGUCCGCACCCCCACACCGCGUCAUGGAGUCCAGAGGGAAGGCGGCCAGCAGCCCCAAGCCCGAUGCCAAGGCGCCCCAGGCCGGUGCGGAGGUCAGAGGCCCCCCGGCUGCGGACGGGAAAGGCCCCUCGGCCAAGCCUGGGAAGAAGGAAGCCCAAGGGGAGAAGCAGGAGCCGCCGGUGGCCCCUGCCCCGCCGCCUGCCAAGAAGACACCGGCCAAGGCGGACCCUGCCCUUCUCAACAACCACAGCAACCUGAAGCCGGCCCCCGCGGCCCCCAGCGCGGCCCCCGAGCCCAAGGGCCCAGGCGACGGGGCCGAGGAGGACCAGGUCCCCAGUGGGGGUCUGGGAGGCCGAGGGCCCUGCUCCUUCGAGAACUUGACCCCCCUGCUGCUGGCUGGGGGGGCGGCUAUGGCAGCCGUAGCCCUGAUUCUUGGCGUGGUCUUCCUGGCCCGGAAAAAAUGACGGCUGCUGCCCAGUUUGGGGACCAACCACCCCUGUACAGACCGUGCGACGUGCAUGCGAAUCCUCAUAGCUGUCUACCCAUAAUCCAUAGGCAAUAGAGACACAAGCGCCCCAGACACCGAGGGAGAGAGACAGGCUGCCCGGGGCAGUGGGGCCACGCCCCCUUAGCUGGUCCCUAGCGUGUCCCCCGCCCCCUCCCCCAGGCAGGGACCCGGCUCCUGGGUCCUGAGCAGCGCGGGGUGGAGCUGUGGCCUCGGGCAGAGGGCUCAGGCCAGGGCACCGGGGCAGUGGGUGGGGUGGACCCGGAGCCGGCCAGCUUGUCCCGAGGGGCCCCAGUGGUCCGGGGGCUUCUGGCCGCUUCCUGACGAGCCCCUGGCAGGAGGGAGGCCUGAGGCAGACGGGCCCAGGCUGGGCUCUGACCUGGGCCCGGCCACGUGGGGACAUUAAAGGUGUGGCUGUUUCACCUUCCCCUCUUCUGCUCUUUGCUUGCAGCCGGCGGGUGGGGGUCUGGCGGGCUGAGCCACUCCAGGGGCUGACCCGAGGCUUCGUGCCACCUCUGCCUGCUGCCCACGCCCGAGCUGGGGAGACGGUGCAAGGCCCGUCCAGAGGGGCCACCUCACUUCCUGCCCUGAGCCCUCUCCCCAUCCCGUGGCAAUUGUCCCGCGGAGGGGGGGCAGCUGGGGGCGGGCAGGGAGGGGGUAUCAAGGACCUGCCCCCAGCUGUGUCUGCCCCCAAAGGUGCCCCUGGAGAGGGCGCCGCCUGCCUUACCCAGCGUCCUUUGAGUCGAACAAGCGUAUAAAUGCAAUAACACAGGUAGAGUAGGACCACUUGGUGGGUACCAUCACCAUGUCCAUUGCCCCACUGUGCCCGCAGGGGGACCGUGCUGGGCAGCCCCUCUUUAGCCCACGUAGUCCCGGCGUGGCCCCCAGCACGGUGGCAGCGGGCACUGUGGGACUCUGACGUGCCCUCCCUGGCCAGCCGGCCGCUGGAACGCUGGACCUGAGUGGAGGCCGAGUCUACAAUAAACUGUUGUCUCUCGGCUGGG